UCUUUGACAAUCUUGGGACCCUCCCCUGUUUGAGGCCAUGUCCAUUUUCUCAAUUCCCUCCCAUUUGAGAGUAUAGUGUAUGAAAGGGAAGUACACAGACACAAUAGAGACUGGCAAGAUCAUCAAAUAGGCCCAUCCACCAAAAUCCAGGCACACUCCACUCCAGAUAUAUAUAAACCCUAGCAAGCUUCUUCUCCUUCUUCUUCUUCCUGGCCAUACCAACAAAGACAAAGCUGAUUGAUUGAUUGAUUUUGAUUCACAUCACUUACAAUCUCUCUCUCCUUUUGCUCCAUCUUAAUUCCAAGUGAGAUUGCUCCAGGGGGAGCAGCGGAUUUUGAGGCUGGUUUCUUUUCUUUUCUUUUCCCCCUUUUUUGUUAUAUAUUGUUUUCUUUCCUCUCUUUUUUUCUCGCGUUUUUUCUUUUUUCCGGUUCGAGGGCGGCCAGCCAUGAUCGAAUCCAAAUCCGGUGAAGAGGUGGCGCGGAGGCGAUGCAGCUGGAGAUGGAGUUAAGACCAGGCGGUGAGAAGCUCCUCCUCCUUUUUUCUCCUGGUGAUGAUCGUGAGCUAGAACAGGGAAAUGAUGGAUUGAUUGCUUGAUCCCCAAGGGCGAGAAGAGAAGAGAUCGUGACAAGGGAUUGAGAAGCAAACAAAAAGGGUGGAAGAUCGCGGGAGUGGAAGCAGUCGAAUCUAAAAGUCCAAAAGAGCCGGGAGGAGGAAGACGAAGAAUCCUUCCAUCUCUAUCCCCUCGCGCGCGCGCUUUGCUCUCGCCAUUCUCAUCUCCCUCUCUCAUAUGCUGCAUGGAAGCGAAGGAUCCCUCCGGCGGUGCUAGCGCUGCGACUCCUCCCUCGCUCGCGGCGCUUCCGCUCCUCACAGCCGGCAACCACGCCGCCGCGGACUGCAAGACGAGCAUCGAUCUGAGGCGAGGAACAGUCGCGCCCGAUCCCCCUGUAGUCGCCACAGCACCACCAUUGCCCGGAGGAGGAGAAGGAGGAGGAGGAUCCAGCUCCAGCAAGAACCCUAGUUCCUCGUCGUCGCCCCCGGGAGGAGCUGCAAUGGCACCACCACCCAUGAUGAUGAUGAUCCAGCAGCAGCAAAGCAGCAGCAACAAUGGGAAUGGGAAUGGAUCCAGCGGUGGUGGCACGGCGAGCGCGAGCGCGGGCGCGGCGAUGAGCAGCGGCAGCCCAUUCUCUCACGGAUCGGCGCUGACGCUGGGCAGCGGUCCCUUGCUCAAGCGCAAGCGCGGGAGGCCCAGGAAGUAUGUGGAGGGGACGACGUCAAGCCAGUCGCCAGUGCUCAUCAUGGGCUCCUCGCCGCCGCCGCCGCUGCCCAAUCCAUCCCCGCCACCGGUGUCGGGGAUCUCGGCCAUCUCCGGGCUGCCCACCCCGCCCAGCCCACUGGGCGUCGCGCUCGCGCUCGCGCCGCUAGCCGCCGCCUCCAACGCCGCCGCCGCGUCGCAGCUCCCCUUCGCCACCGCCGCCGCCACUCCUCCGCCAGCCUCGGGGGAGAAGAAGAGAGGGAGGCCGCCGGGCACUGGCAAGAAGCAGCAGCUUGCCGCCUUGGGUGCGUGGCUCGCAGGAUCUGCAGGUCAAGGCUUCACUCCGCAUGUCAUUACAAUUGCUGCAGGCGAGGACGUGGCGACAAGGAUCAUCUCGUUUGCGCAGAUCGGGCCCCGGGCCACCUGCGUACUCUCUGCAAACGGGGCCAUCUCUAACGUAACACUCCGCCAGCCCGCCACCUCGGGGGGCACUGUAACAUACGAGGGACGCUUCGAGAUUUUGUCACUCUCGGGUUCCUUCCUCCUCACCGAGAACGGUAACACCAAGAGCAGGAGCGGCGGCCUGAGCGUCUCGCUGGCCGGGCCCGACGGACGCGUCAUAGGUGGUAGUGUCGCGGGCUUGCUCGUAGCCGCAAGCCCAGUCCAGGUCGUCGUAGGAAGUUUUAUAGCCGAGACGCGCAAGCCACCCCAAGUCCAAGUCCGCCCAACCUCGGGUUCCUCCAGCGAGAUGCUGUCCGGGGUGGUGAACUCGCCCAUGGCCUCGCCCAUGGCCUCGCCCAUGUCCACGGCCACGCGGCCACCGCUGGGAGCCAGUCCUCUCAACGACGCUGGCCAUGCCACCGCCACCACCGCCAUGGCCACUACCACCACCACCACCACCACCAACUUGAAUAACACCAAUGCCAACGCCAGUGCCAGUGCCAACGCCAACAACAGCAGCACCAAUGCCAACAAGAGCAGCAGCGAUGGCAAUGCCAGCAACAAUAAUAACUCGUCGCCGGUUCACCACCACCACCACCACCACCACCAUAUGGCUUGGUCUUCCAGCCCAGGUGAUGAGCAGCAGAAUCAAGGUGGUGGGCACGGAACUGAUAUCAACAUCUCGCUACCGGGAUCAUAAUGCCAUCUUCAUUCAACAACAACAGCAACAGCAACAACAUCACCAAAAAAAAGGAAAAAAAAUGAAAGACGAAAUGGAAGAAAGAAUGCGUGACAGCAAAGGUGGCGGGCAGCAGCUUCUUCUAACUGGAAAACAACACAAACAACCGAGAAUUUUUUCCCUUUCUUUCUUUUGGUUUCCUUUUCAAAUUUUUUUAAAUGUUUCCCCUUGUUUUUUCCUUCUUUUUUUUGUGCUGAUUUCGUCGUUCAUCGUGUUUUAAUUUUCUUUUUUGGUAGUGCUGCAUGAGAGUCAAGCCAGCCAGCCAGCCAGCCGGCGUGUUUGUUUUUUUUUUUUUUUUUUUUCUUUAUUUCUUUCCUUUUUGGUUGCUUGUAAAUCUCGGGUAUGGUGCAGCGGUGCUUUUAUUUAUCUUUUUUCUUUUCUUGGUUUGCUUGUUGUCUUCAUCGACGAACACAAGGAAGUUAACAGAUUCUUUAUUUUCUUUGGC